AUGUUCAACAUUCGUCGUCCAUUCAAGUUACUUAAUCUAAGUAUUGAAACUCCUCAAUGUCGCAGUCAUUCUGUCAAAAUAUCCAAUACUAUUUAACCUUCCUCAAAAUUAAGUGAAGAAGAACGUCUUCUAUUUGAGAAUACUCAAAUCAAGUUUUAGAUUCGCCAAAAGGAGGAGGAGUUAAAAAAGUGUAAAAUUAAAAUGAAUUAAUGCUAACCUAAAAUAGGCUUGAAUAUUGAGAAUUCUCAAUAGAAAUAGAAUGUCAAGAAAUUAUAACUCUACAUAAAAUAACUCGAAUUAGAAUUAUUGGAAAAAGGGAGGAGCAUUGAAGAUUUGAAAAAAUAAAUGAGUCUUACCAAAUAUCAAGAACUCCAAAUUGAAGCUCUCGCAUUCUAAUAGGAAUGUUCGAAAUUGAUAAAAUAAGUGUAAAAACUCACUAAAUUGUUAAAUUAUAAGAGCAAUGGAGUCAAUCUCUAUGAACUUUAUGAAAAUUUGGAAAAUUAAAAUAAAAACCUUGAACGUGCUCAUAAAAUAUAGGAAUCUGUCAUCCAACAAUUCCAAGAAGAAUAAUAAAAGUAUAAAAAUCAAAUUGAGUAAUUAGAACUAGAUAACAAAAAUUUAUAAAGAGAAAAUAAGAAGGUUUUAUAGAUUUUAAAUUAAAAUAUCACCCCAAAGCAAACUAAAUUACUUAAUAAAAAUGAUUAUCUACCAGAAGAAUUAGAAAUAUCAAAAUUAAAGGUCAAAAUCACUUAACUCCAAUAAUAAAUGAUCAAAUAAAAGAAUCAAAAAGAAAAGUAUAUACAACAUCUACUCUAAAUUAUUAUGGAGAAAGAAGAUUAAAUUUAAGCUUACGAAAAAUAAAAAGUUAUAAUCAAAGAAGUAUCUUAGCCCGAUUAAUAGACCUUAGAUUUAAAAUAUUAAUAGUGUAUACAGCAAAUUAAAUCUGAACACUCCUUUUGUGAGGACAUGUCAUUUGAUGUACCCCCUCAACUUACUCUGACUAAAUAAAUUAGUGUAAGAAAAAAAUAAAAUAUUUCAGAAUAACAAAGAUCUUAAUUUUUAGAAUUGAAUAGUCAAAUUGAUGAAGAAGCAAAUUCAAGAAAUCUUGAUGAAGAUGAGUUGUUUCUUGAAACUGAAUAUAGAACAAAAAAAUUACCCAAAAUCAAUUACUAUGAUGUUGAAAUAAUUGGAAGAAAACUUAAAUUCGAAUUAUAAAUAAAAUUCAUUCCCCUUAGUUAUAUGGACUAGAUAUUUGAUUGUACUGAUGAAGAAUGCUAGGACAUAACUGUUGAGGAAAUAAUCCAAAUUCUCAGUGCAGAACCAUUUUUGAUUGUGGAUGAAAAAGAAAAACUCCUUGUGGCAAGAUAUCUAAUUGAAGAUAACACACAAGACUAUGUUUUGCAUAAUCUUAUGAAUUCCAAUUCGAUUAAUAUAAUAAAGAGUGUUUUUAAAUAACUCUUAGGAAAAUAUCAAUUAUUUUCAAAGCAGGAAAAAACAAAUAUUGAGUAAGAACUCAAAGGAAUGUUUGUAAAAGUUUAAUACAAAAUUCUUGAUACUCUUCAACAGUAAAGUAAUCUUAAAAACAGCAAUCAAAAGUUUAAAGAAUGUACUUUAAAUGAUUUUGAAACCAUUUUGAAAUCUUGUGAAAUAUCCUUAUAGCCAAGACAGAUGGAAUAUUUAAGUUUAAUUAAUUUUUAAAUUUGCAAAUAAAUAGAAAAGUUACGUUACUCUGAAUUGUUAAAUUAUUUUUGUAAUAUUUAAUCUUUAUGA